CCGGCAGGUCGGACUUUUUUUUCCUUUUCUUUUUAAUUUUUUUUUUUUUUUUUUUAAAUUGUCAUAUCUAUUGGCCUCGCUUGAAAAUUACCGCACGAUCUCGCUUUCCCUAACCUCACCUGGGUUCGUCAAUUGCUGUGACAGCCAACUGAAUCAACUGUUCUCGCAAUCUCAACAUGGUUUGUUUGGCUUGUUUGCUGCCCCUCUUUCUGGUGCCGAUCGUCAACAUCCUCCCUCUUCUCUUCGAUUUUCUUCUGGGAAAAUUGUAUCGGGUUUUUGGUUGGGAGUACAGGAAACCGGAGAGGGUUCCUCCAGCAUGUCCAUACAAGCCUCCAACUAACAGGGAUAGUAAAGCUGAGGCACAUGCUGAACCAGCGCCAACAGAACCUGAUAAACCUGGAAGUGCAGACGUGAAGCAAGAAUAAUCUGCGGUAGCUACUCUACAAGGUUUUCUACGAGGGAAAAAGUACGAUAACAUCUGAUGGUUUAUAUCUAUAACUUCUAUUAUUAGUACUAUAAUAGUGCCUGAGAUCGUUUAUAAUGUAAGUUGGUAAUUUGGUAUAAUAAGAUGGGAAUUGGAGUUUUUCUUGUGGUAUGAAAGGGUAAGGCUGUCAAUGUAAAGUCAAUUAUACUUUUGUUUUUUGGGUUUUUUGGAAACUAAAGUCAAUUAUACUUUUGUUC